CAGCCAGCUGCUCUUCUAUCUCUCUGGUCUCGGUGAUAGUUAAUGAGAUUAGCCGUCCGUCCUAGCCUGCGUCAGUCCAAAGGGGUCAAUCACAGGAUUAGCACCUUGCUUAAGAGUUACAUCAGUUUAUUACACUUUUUUCCUCUCCUCAUUACUUUGAUUUUCCCACCUCUGCCUCUUUGUGGGACAUUUUCCAGCCUCCAAAGCAUGUUUGGCACCUGUAAUUGCAGUUCAGUGAUUGGAGUGGAAUUUUGCAAUGCAUCGUGUGGCUUUGGGACGGAGUCUGUCUCAACCCUCAGCCACUGAAUGAAGCAUCUUCCAGGGGAAGAAGAGGAGCAGGGGCAGCCAGAGGAGUGAAGGGCCACUGGGCCAAAAUCUUGCAGAGUCUGAGACUCUGAACAAGGCAUCCUCAUGCCACUUAUAAAUAACAAGGUGGGCGAUGAUUGCACAGUUGGCACAGACAAGGCUUUGGCUGAUGGAAAGGUUCUGGUGGAGUCUCUGAUAAAGGUGGUGGCAUGUUACCGGCACUUGGCCUCGUGUGUCGGUGGGUGCACGGACAGCUUACAGCUGCGGGAUGAACUGCGACAAACGCGUGAAAAGGCCCAAAAGUUGGCCAUGGCCAUCUGUCAACAUCUGACCUUACAUCUCAGAGACAAGAGCCUGCCUGAGGAGCAGCGUAAGGAGAUGGAGCUCCUUUGGGUGGCCUUCUCCUCCAGCCUAGAGCUCCUGCAUCUUGACAUGUGCAAGGUUUUCAACAUGAGUGACAUCUUCUCUCUGGCCAACACUGACGCUCUGGUGCAAACUGGCCUACAAGAAGGAGGCAGUGAGGUAGCAGCUCGAGCGCUCAGUCUGCCAGAUCUGAACCAGACACAGAGCCCAACCCUUCCUGCUGGCCUGGAGAGCCAGGAGCGCAGCACCUUGGAGCAGGAGAUCGGCCAAAUUGACCACAUGAUCGAUGACAUGGAGAUGAAAGUCAAUGUGUUGCGCUGGAUGGUGGAGCCCCAUGGGCCACAGUAUGCAGACCCACUCAGCAGCACCGACAGCGCCUCCCUGGCUGUGUUCUCUGUUGAUGAAGAGCAGCCUGGACAUCAGCCUCUAUGCCAGCGAAAUAAAUUCUGUGCGGUCUUAUUCCUGUUUGCUGUUGUUUUGGUGGCAGGCUUUAUAUCUGUCUCUAUGGUCCUUUUCUCAGGAGUAUGUUUUUAA